GGCUGUGUCUGUGUCGCAUGACGACCAAGCUAGACCAAGGUUAGAUCCAGAAAACGACUCCAUUCACGACGCUUCACACCGCGACUAUCAUCCAACACCAAACGACACUCUACAAUUCUUCCGCUGCAAACACUUACAUCAUGGUGCUCCUCAACCUGCUGACUCUGGGGCUCUGGUCAAAGGUCGGACGGUUGACACACUAUGCCUUUGACGCCGUUCUCUUCUCGGCUUUCCUCGCCGGCAUGAAGCGAUCUACCGGCCUGACUUUCAAGACCGACAAGGUCGCCGGCGAGAACAAGGAAUUCACCGGCUGGAUCGAUAGAUACCUCGGCGUCGGAGAAUGGGUCAUGGAUCAAUCCGUCGCGAUCGCAGGCUCCAGCGGCUACUUUGAGCGAACCCGAUGAGCGACUAGGACGACGCCCUUUUAAGCUAUCGAUACCAUGGACUUCCCACUCAGUUUUACAACUGCAAAUGACUUAAAAAACGACUUAACGAUCGCGCGGAGGAAAUGGCCAAAGUUACCUGAUACGUGUUCGACGCGCUCGGUUUUCAGAUAGGCGUUCGGAUAUAUGACUAACUAUGCAUGUGAAUUGGAUCAAUGAUACUGAUAUUCCAUUAA